UUCCAACCGAGUUGUGUGUCGGUCAUCUUUUAGUUCGCUUAAGCAUUUUUGCCUUUUAACCCGAUUUAUAAUUAUUAUACACUGACAGACCUAUACAUAAAUACAUAUACAUUCCUCCAAUUAAGACUAAUUGUUGAGUCUGCGGUUCGUGUGAUGGUAGAUUCUUAUGUGACGUUGUGAAAUUUAGUUCAAUCUCGAGUGAAUAAAACAAGUUCAUGUUUUACAUACAUACAUGGUGAUUUUUUUAUUAUUAAAGUGAAGCAAUAAAAUAAUUAUACUAAAUUUUAAGUUUUAAUAUUAUAAAAUACCUAUACGCAGAAAGAUAAAUAUACAUAUUUAUUCAAAUAUAUAUAUAUUAUUACAUUUUUAACUAACUAGAAAAAAAAGAUGGUGUCGAAAAGCACUAAGAAAAAAACCGGUAGUAAUAGCGGUGAGCAAGCACCAACUGAGAUUUCGAAAAUGUCGGGACAAUCUGCUAACGAAACAACCUUAAAAUCCACAAUCGAUAAAAAUAAACAUUCCGAUCAAAACGUAUCAGCAAUAACUAAAAGCAAAAGCAGCAGUCGAACGACAAAAUUUAUGCAUCAACAACAAAAAUCAUCGACUUCAACUUCGACUGAAAUUUCGACAGUAUCUACUGGUUUGUCAGAACCACAAAUGAUUUCCGGAGAAAUUUUAACUAGUGACAAAGCUUUGAGUGGAGAUGGUGUUAAUUUACCAUCAACCUCAGGAACGGGAAUGUCCUUGACAUCAGAUAAUCAAAGUUUUAAGUCCAUUUCGAAUACUGGCAAUAAUAAAGAAGGACUCACAGUAAUUUCAUCCGAAUCAAAAGAAAACACUUCACAAUCAGCUUCUAAAUUAGUAGAAAUAGAAAACCAAGGAAUGAAGACUAUUUCUUCAUCCGAUUCAAAAUUUCAAAAGUCUCAUGAAUCGAGUUUUAAAUCAGAGAGCACAGGGCCAACGACAAUAAUUUCGGGCAAGAAUAACGAACAAUCCAUAACUGGCAAGGAGUUUUCCACUUUUUCAACAAAAUCAGAACAACACAAAUCGUCGUCGAAGAGCUCCAAUACAAUCAUGAGUGAGAAAGUUUUACUAAGCGAAGGUGCCACUUCAACGACUGAUACAUCGGGCAGUGUCCUUUCAAACAUAAAAGAGGAAAGUUCAAAAUCUAUGAAUUUCAUGAGUACCGAACAACAAUCUUCACACUCGCACAGCGAAUCUAAUACGAGUACAUUCGAUCAGCUUGCUACUACCGAUGCAACCUACACUAACUCAAAAGCUCAUUCAUCAUCAUCAUCAUCUACUGUUCAACAAUCGACAUCAUCAGCAAAUAUACUUGCCUCCUCUUCCAGCAGCACCUCCAUUUCCAACAGGUCCUCUGCAUCAUCGACUUUGAUUUCGAAUGAAAAAAAUAUUUUACAGCAACAGCAACAGCGCAAGUCUAAUAAUAAUAAUCAACUAACUUCAAGAAUCGAAUCAUCAGAAUCGAUUGCAAAGGAACAAGUUUUCGACCACAAAACUAAAACCUGGACUGACUUUAAUGAAAAGACCAUCGUGAAGAAUCAACCAUCGCUGCUACGUUACGUCAGCCAGGACUCAGAUGGAUCCUAUAAAGUUACUUACAAGAAGAAAAUAUUCGACCGCAGGAACAACAAAUGGAAAGUAGUCGAACAGAAGGUAGUUGACGGUGCACAUGAUGUAGGCUACCCUGAAAUAGUCGAUGAUGUCACCAAUAGCACAACGACAACGUACACCACAAAAGUUUACGACACGAAGCUUGGCAAGUGGAAAAUCGUCGACGAAAAAUCAUAUGUAGACCCAAAAGCUUUCGUCCCCACUGAUAUUGCUCGAGAGAUAGAAAAAGAUAACACCGAUGUCGCCAACAUAACCACUACAACAGAAGUCACAAAGAUAUUUGAUGCCAGCAUCAACGAUUGGCGUGUUGUCGAUGAACGAACUCAUACGGACGUUAUUGAAAAAAUUGUGGAUCCACCGAAGAAAAUUGUGUUUAUUGACGAAUUUACUAAUAUCGAGAAAGAUACUCAAUAUCUCGAAAAUAUUAAAAAUGUUACUGACAUAUCUAACAAAUACUCAGAACACAAACACAUUUCGAAAAAUGUAUACGAUGAAGUUGAUCAUGUUGCCCGUGACACUAGAAAUACUUCAAUAAAUCUCGAUUCACGAAACACUGGAGUCGCUAACACUAAGAAGAAUAAAUCAACAUAUCAUCAGCAGAAUGACAAGUGCAUUUGUGAAAUUUGCACCUGUGGUCGACACCACUGCAGUCAGACGAGUUCCACCUUUUCUGAUAUCAAUAAAAACACUACAAGGGAAGAACUAAACAUCACACAUAGCGAACAACAUGACGCAUCAGAAGAAAAAUCUACCAUACGUAGAAACACAUGGACCAAAUCAGACAUUGAAAAUGCUAAACUCGGAAUAAGAAGCAAUAAAAACGAAAUAGAAUCUCAAUCCGAAACACAAAAUGUUACGAAAGUUAUUAACUCUAUCGACCUACCAACCGUAGUAAGACCAGGAGACAGUUUGAAAUCGGAUAUAGAAAAUGGUUCACUUAUACAGGAACCAUAUCAUUUAACAGAUAAAAGCGUUCAGAUCAUAAGAUCAGAUUUUUUGCAAAACGAAGAAGAAAGAGUAUUUCAACGAGGAAAUGAAGAAAACGAGGGGAAAUCAUAUUACAGCAAUGAAAAUACAUACCAAGUAACAGAACCUAAUGACAGCCCUUCACCAUUUCUCCCUAACGAAAGAACAAUUCGAGUUAUUCGUGAAGAUAAUUUGAACACAGAAGAGCAAACUAAAUUUACAGAAAAACAAGAGUAUCAAUUUAUUGACAGGCCGCAACUAAUAAGACCUUUGGACAAUCUGAAGUCAGAAGGUGAAUUCUAUACUCCAGAUAAAAUUAAGUUCCAGCCAGCAGAGAGACCAAUACAGAAGCGUCCAGAAGAUAAUCUGCGUCCAGAAGGUGAGUUUUAUACUCCCACAAAGAACAAUAAUAGACCAGGUCAAAGAACCGAGUCAAUAAGGCCGGAAAACAAUUUAUAUCCAGAGGGAGAAUUUACAUUACCAUCGAAGGAUGCAUUUCACCCAGCAGAAAAAAUUGUAAGAAUUAUUCGGGAAGACAAUCUAAAGACAGAAGGUGAAAUGACAUUUGAAGAAAAGCGAGAAUAUCAGUUCGUCACACGACCAGACCAAGUGAGACCUCUUGACAAUCUAAAAUCUGAAGGCGAAUUGUAUUCUCCAAAAAAAGAGCACUUCCGGCCUGCUGAGAGACCAACACAAAAGAAACCUGAGGAUAAUUUGCGUCCAGAGGGCGAUUUCUACACACCUGAUAAGGCAAAAUUCCAACCAGCUGAAAGGCCAAAACAGAAGAAGCCUGAAGAUAACUUGCAUCCCGAAGGAGAGUUUUAUGCUCCAGAUAAACCUUCGUUUAAGCCUGCUGAGAGACCAGUUCAAAAGCGACCCGAGGAUAACCUUAGACCUGAAGGCGACUUUUACUCUCCUGAAAAGGAGAAGUUCCGUCCAGCGGAAAGGCCAACACAAAAGAAACCUGAGGACAACUUACGUUCAGAGGGUGAUUUCUACACACCUGAUAAGGCCCCAUUCCAACCAGCUGAAAGGCCAAAGCAAAAGAAGCCUGAAGAUAACUUGUAUCCCGAAGGAGAAUUUACAGUUCCUUCAAAAGAAAAAUUCCGACCUGCUGAAAAGACUGUUAGAAUUAUUCGCGAAGAUAAUUUGAAAACCGAAGGUGAAAUGACAUUUGAAGAAAAGCGAGAAUAUCAGUUCGUUACACGACCAGACCAAGUGCGACCCCUUGACAAUCUGAAAUCUGAAGGCGAGUUUUAUUCUCCAGAAAAAGAGCACUUCCGGCCAGCUGAGAGACCAACACAAAAGAAACCUGAGGAUAACUUACGACCUGAGGGGGAUUUCUACACACCUGAUAAGGCCAAAUUCCAACCAGCUGAAAGGCCAAAACAGAAGAAGCCUGAAGAUAAUUUGCAUCCCGAAGGAGAAUUUUAUGCUCCAGAUAAACCCUCGUUCAAGCCUGCUGAGCGACCAGUUCAAAAGCGACCCGAGGAUAACCUAAGACCUGAAGGCGACUUUUACUCUCCUGAAAAGGAGAAGUUCCGUCCAGCGGAAAGGCUAACACAGAAGAAACCUGAGGAUAAUUUGCGUCCAGAGGGCGAAUUCUACACUCCUGAUAAGGCCAAAUUCCAACCAGCUGAAAGGCCAAAACAGAAGAAGCCUGAAGACAACUUGUAUCCCGAAGGAGAUUUUACAGUUCAUACAAAAGAACCAUUCCGACCUGCUGAAAAGACUGUUAGAAUUAUUCGCGAAGAUAAUUUGAAAACCGAAGGUGAAAUGACAUUUGAAGAAAAACAUAUAUACCAGUUUGUUACACGACCAGACCAAGUGAGACCCCUUGACAAUCUGAAACCUGAAGGCGAGUUUUAUUCUCCAGAAAAAGAGCACUUCCGGCCUGCUGAGCGACCAACGCAAAAGAAACCUGAAGAUAACUUACGUCCAGAGGGUGAUUUCUACACUCCUGAUAAGGCCAAAUUCCAACCAGCUGAAAGGCCAAAGCAAAAGAAGCCUGAAGAUAACUUGCAUCCCGAAGGAGAAUUCUAUGCUCCAGAUAAACCCUCGUUCAAGCCUGCUGAGAGACCAGUUCAAAAGCGACCCGAGGAUAACCUAAGACCUGAAGGUGACUUUUACUCUCCUGAAAAGGAGAAGUUCCGUCCAGCGGAAAGGCCAACACAGAAGAAACCUGAGGAUAAUUUGCGUCCAGAGGGCGAAUUCUACACUCCUGAUAAGGCCAAAUUCCAACCAGCUGAAAGGCCAAAACAGAAGAAGCCUGAAGAUAAUUUGCAUCCCGAAGGAGAAUUUUAUGCUCCAGAUAAACCCUCGUUCAAGCCUGCUGAGAGACCAGUUCAAAAGCGACCCGAGGAUAACCUUAGACCUGAAGGCGAAUUUUACUCUCCUGAAAAGGAGAAGUUCCGUCCAGCGGAAAGGCCAACACAGAAGAAACCUGAGGAUAAUUUGCGUCCAGAGGGCGAAUUCUACACUCCUGAUAAGGCUAAGUUUCAACCAGCAGAGAGGCCAAAGCAAAAGAGGCCCGAAGACAACUUGUAUCCCGAAGGAGAUUUUACAGUUCAUACAAAAGAACCAUUCCGACCUGCUGAAAAGACUGUUAGAAUUAUUCGCGAAGAUAAUUUGAAAACCGAAGGUGAAAUGACAUUUGAAGAAAAACAUAUAUACCAGUUUGUUACACGACCAGACCAAGUGAGACCCCUUGACAAUCUGAAACCUGAAGGCGAGUUUUAUUCUCCAGAAAAAGAGCACUUCCGGCCUGCUGAGCGACCAACGCAAAAGAAACCUGAAGAUAACUUACGUCCAGAGGGUGAUUUCUACACUCCUGAUAAGGCCAAAUUCCAACCAGCUGAAAGGCCAAAGCAAAAGAAGCCUGAAGAUAACUUGCAUCCCGAAGGAGAAUUCUAUGCUCCAGAUAAACCCUCGUUCAAGCCUGCUGAGAGACCAGUUCAAAAGCGACCCGAGGAUAACCUAAGACCUGAAGGUGACUUUUACUCUCCUGAAAAGGAGAAGUUCCGUCCAGCGGAAAGGCCAACACAGAAGAAACCUGAGGAUAAUUUGCGUCCAGAGGGCGAAUUCUACACUCCUGAUAAGGCCAAAUUCCAACCAGCUGAAAGGCCAAAACAGAAGAAGCCUGAAGAUAAUUUGCAUCCCGAAGGAGAAUUUUAUACACCAGAUAAACCCUCGUUCAAGCCUGCUGAGAGACCAGUUCAAAAGCGACCCGAGGAUAACCUAAGACCUGAAGGUGACUUUUACUCUCCUGAAAAGGAGAAGUUCCGUCCAGCGGAAAGGCCAACACAGAAGAAACCUGAGGAUAAUUUGCGUCCAGAGGGCGAAUUCUACACUCCUGAUAAGGCUAAGUUUCAACCAGCAGAGAGGCCAAAGCAAAAGAGGCCCGAAGACAACUUGUAUCCCGAAGGAGAUUUUACAGUUCAUACAAAAGAACCAUUCCGACCUGCUGAAAAGACUGUUAGAAUUAUUCGCGAAGAUAAUUUGAAAACCGAAGGUGAAAUGACAUUUGAAGAAAAACAUAUAUACCAGUUUGUUACACGACCAGACCAAGUGCGACCCCUUGACAAUCUGAAACCUGAAGGCGAGUUUUAUUCUCCAGAAAAAGAGCACUUCCGGCCUGCUGAGCGACCAACACAAAAGAAACCUGAAGAUAACUUACGUCCAGAGGGUGAUUUCUACACUCCUGAUAAGGCCAAAUUCCAACCAGCUGAAAGGCCAAAGCAAAAGAAGCCUGAAGAUAACUUGCAUCCCGAAGGAGAAUUUUAUGCUCCAGAUAAACCCUCGUUCAAGCCUGCUGAGAGACCAGUUCAAAAGCGACCCGAGGAUAACCUUAGACCUGAAGGCGACUUUUACUCUCCUGAAAAGGAGAAGUUCCGUCCAGCGGAAAGGCCAACACAGAAGAAACCUGAGGAUAAUUUGCGUCCAGAAGGAGAAUUCUACACUCCUGAUAAGGCCAAAUUCCAACCAGCUGAAAGGCCAAAACAGAAGAAGCCUGAAGAUAAUUUGCAUCCCGAAGGAGAAUUUUAUGCUCCAGAUAAACCCUCGUUCAAGCCUGCUGAGAGACCAGUUCAAAAGCGACCCGAGGAUAACCUUAGACCUGAAGGCGAAUUUUACUCUCCUGAAAAGGAGAAGUUCCGUCCAGCGGAAAGGCUAACACAGAAGAAACCUGAGGAUAAUUUGCGUCCAGAGGGCGAAUUUUACACUCCUGAUAAGGCUAAGUUUCAACCAGCAGAGAGGCCAAAGCAAAAGAGGCCCGAAGACAACUUGUAUCCCGAAGGAGAAUUUUAUGCUCCAGAUAAACCCUCGUUCAAGCCUGCUGAGAGACCAGUUCAAAAGCGACCCGAGGAUAACCUAAGACCUGAAGGUGACUUUUACUCUCCUGAAAAGGAGAAGUUCCGUCCAGCGGAAAGGCCAACACAGAAGAAACCUGAGGAUAAUUUGCGUCCAGAGGGCGAAUUCUACACUCCUGAUAAGGCUAAGUUUCAACCAGCAGAGAGGCCAAAGCAAAAGAGGCCCGAAGACAACUUGUAUCCCGAAGGAGAUUUUACAGUUCAUACAAAAGAACUAUUCCGACCUGCUGAAAAGAUUGUUAGAAUUAUUCGCGAAGAUAAUUUGAAAACCGAAGGUGAAAUGACAUUUGAAGAAAAACAUAUAUACCAGUUUGUUACACGACCAGAGCAAGUGAGACCCCUUGACAAUCUGAAACCUGAAGGCGAGUUUUAUUCUCCAGAAAAAGAGCAUUUCCGGCCUGCUGAGCGACCAACGCAAAAGAAACCUGAAGAUAACUUACGUCCAGAGGGUGAUUUCUACACUCCUGAUAAGGCCAAAUUCCAACCAGCUGAAAGGCCAAAGCAAAAGAAGCCUGAAGAUAACUUGCAUCCCGAAGGAGAAUUUUAUGCUCCAGAUAAACCUUCGUUCAAGCCUGCUGAGAGACCAGUUCAAAAGCGACCCGAGGAUAACCUAAGACCUGAAGGCGACUUUUACUCUCCUGAAAAGGAGAAGUUCCGUCCAGCGGAAAGGCCAACACAGAAGAAACCUGAGGAUAAUUUACGUCCAGAGGGAGAAUUCUACACUCCUGAUAAGGCCAAAUUCCAACCAGCUGAAAGGCCAAAACAGAAGAAGCCUGAAGAUAAUUUGCAUCCCGAAGGAGAAUUUUAUGCUCCAGAUAAACCCUCGUUCAAGCCUGCUGAGAGACCAGUUCAAAAGCGACCCGAGGAUAACCUUAGACCUGAAGGCGAAUUUUACUCUCCUGAAAAGGAGAAGUUCCGUCCAGCAGAAAGGCUAACACAGAAGAAACCUGAGGAUAAUUUGCGUCCAGAGGGCGAAUUUUACACUCCUGAUAAGGCUAAGUUUCAACCAGCAGAGAGGCCAAAGCAAAAGAGGCCCGAAGACAACUUGUAUCCCGAAGGAGAAUUUUAUGCUCCAGAUAAACCCUCGUUCAAGCCUGCUGAGAGACCAGUUCAAAAGCGACCCGAGGAUAACCUAAGACCUGAAGGUGACUUUUACUCUCCUGAAAAGGAGAAGUUCCGUCCAGCGGAAAGGCCAACACAGAAGAAACCUGAGGAUAAUUUGCGUCCAGAGGGCGAAUUCUACACUCCUGUUAAGGCUAAGUUUCACUCAGCAGAGAGGCCAAAGCAAAAGAGGCCCGAAGACAACUUGUAUCCCGAAGGAGAUUUUACAGUUCAUACAAAAGAACCAUUCCGACCUGCUGAAAAGACUGUUAGAAUUAUUCGCGAAGAUAAUUUGAAAACCGAAGGUGAAAUGACAUUUGAAGAAAAACAUAUAUACCAGUUUGUUACACGACCAGAGCAAGUGAGACCCCUUGACAAUCUGAAACCUGAAGGCGAGUUUUAUUCUCCAGAAAAAGAGCACUUCCGGCCUGCUGAGCGACCAACGCAAAAGAAACCUGAAGAUAACUUACGUCCAGAGGGUGAUUUCUACACUCCUGAUAAGGCCAAAUUCCAACCAGCUGAAAGGCCAAAGCAAAAGAAGCCUGAAGAUAACUUGCAUCCCGAAGGAGAAUUUUAUGCUCCAGAUAAACCCUCGUUCAAGCCUGCUGAGAGACCAGUUCAAAAGCGACCCGAGGAUAACCUAAGACCUGAAGGCGACUUUUACUCUCCUGAAAAGGAGAAGUUCCGUCCAGCGGAAAGGCCAACACAGAAGAAACCUGAGGAUAAUUUGCGUCCAGAGGGAGAAUUCUACACUCCUGAUAAGACCAAAUUCCAACCAGCUGAAAGGCCAAAACAGAAGAAGCCUGAAGAUAAUUUGCAUCCCGAAGGAGAAUUUUAUACACCAGAUAAACCCUCGUUCAAGCCUGCUGAGAGACCAGUUCAAAAGCGACCCGAGGAUAACCUUAGACCUGAAGGCGAAUUUUACUCUCCUGAAAAGGAGAAGUUCCGUCCAGCGGAAAGGCCAACACAGAAGAAACCUGAGGAUAAUUUGCGUCCAGAGGGCGAAUUUUACACUCCUGAUAAGCCUAAGUUUCAACCAGCAGAGAGGCCAAAGCAAAAGAGGCCCGAAGAUAACUUGUAUCCCGAAGGAGAUUUUACAGUUCAAUUAAAAGAACCAUUCCGACCUGCUGAAAAGACUGUUAGAAUUAUUCGCGAAGAUAAUUUGAAAACCGAAGGUGAAAUGACAUUUGAAGAAAAACAUAUAUACCAGUUUGUUACGCGACCAGACCAAGUGAGACCCCUUGACAAUCUGAAACCUGAAGGCGAGUUUUAUUCUCCAGAAAAAGAGCACUUCCGGCCUGCUGAGCGACCAACGCAAAAGAAACCUGAAGAUAACUUACGUCCAGAGGGUGAUUUCUACACUCCUGAUAAGGCCAAAUUCCAACCAGCUGAAAGGCCAAAGCAAAAGAAGCCUGAAGAUAACUUGCAUCCCGAAGGAGAAUUCUAUGCUCCAGAUAAACCCUCGUUCAAGCCUGCUGAGAGACCAGUUCAAAAGCGACCCGAGGAUAACCUAAGACCUGAAGGCGACUUUUACUCUCCUGAAAAGGAGAAGUUCCGUCCAGCGGAAAGGCCAACACAGAAGAAACCUGAGGAUAAUUUGCGUCCAGAGGGCGAAUUCUACACUCCUGAUAAGGCCAAAUUCCAACCAGCUGAAAGGCCAAAACAGAAGAAGCCUGAAGAUAAUUUGCAUCCCGAAGGAGAAUUUUAUGCUCCAGAUAAACCCUCGUUCAAGCCUGCUGAGAGACCAGUUCAAAAGCGACCCGAGGAUAACCUUAGACCUGAAGGCGACUUUUACUCUCCUGAAAAGGAGAAGUUCCGUCCAGCGGAAAGGCCAACACAGAAGAAACCUGAGGAUAAUUUGCGUCCAGAGGGCGAAUUCUACACUCCUGAUAAGGCUAAGUUUCAACCAGCAGAGAGGCCAAAGCAAAAGAGGCCCGAAGACAACUUGUAUCCCGAAGGAGAUUUUACAGUUCAUUCAAAAGAACCAUUCCGACCUGCUGAAAAGACUGUUAGAAUUAUUCGCGAAGAUAAUUUGAAAACCGAAGGUGAAAUGACAUUUGAAGAAAAACAUAUUUACCAGUUUGUUACACGACCAGACCAAGUGAGACCGCUUGACAAUCUGAAACCUGAAGGCGAGUUUUAUUCUCCAGAAAAAGAGCACUUCCGGCCUGCUGAGCGACCAACGCAAAAGAAACCUGAAGAUAACUUACGUCCAGAGGGUGAUUUCUACACUCCUGAUAAGGCCAAAUUCCAACCAGCUGAAAGGCCAAAGCAAAAGAAGCCUGAAGAUAACUUGCAUCCCGAAGGAGAAUUCUAUGCUCCAGAUAAACCCUCGUUCAAGCCUGCUGAGAGACCAGUUCAAAAGCGACCCGAGGAUAACCUAAGACCUGAAGGCGACUUUUACUCUCCUGAAAAGGAGAAGUUCCGUCCAGCGGAAAGGCCAACACAGAAGAAACCUGAGGAUAAUUUGCGUCCAGAGGGAGAAUUCUACACUCCUGAUAAGGCCAAAUUCCAACCAGCUGAAAGGCCAAAACAGAAGAAGCCUGAAGAUAAUUUGCAUCCCGAAGGAGAAUUUUAUACACCAGAUAAACCCUCGUUCAAGCCUGCUGAGAGACCAGUUCAAAAGCGACCCGAGGAUAACCUUAGACCUGAAGGCGAAUUUUACUCUCCUGAAAAGGAGAAGUUCCGUCCAGCGGAAAGGCCAACACAGAAGAAACCUGAGGAUAAUUUGCGUCCAGAGGGCGAAUUUUACACUCCUGAUAAGCCUAAGUUUCAACCAGCAGAGAGGCCAAAGCAAAAGAGGCCCGAAGAUAACUUGUAUCCCGAAGGAGAUUUUACAGUUCAAUUAAAAGAACCAUUCCGACCUGCUGAAAAGACUGUUAGAAUUAUUCGCGAAGAUAAUUUGAAAACCGAAGGUGAAAUGACAUUUGAAGAAAAACAUAUAUACCAGUUUGUUACACGACCAGACCAAGUGAGACCCCUUGACAAUCUGAAACCUGAAGGCGAGUUUUAUUCUCCAGAAAAAGAGCACUUCCGGCCUGCUGAGCGACCAACGCAAAAGAAACCUGAAGAUAACUUACGUCCAGAGGGUGAUUUCUACACUCCUGAUAAGGCCAAAUUCCAACCAGCUGAAAGGCCAAAGCAAAAGAAGCCUGAAGAUAACUUGCAUCCCGAAGGAGAAUUCUAUGCUCCAGAUAAACCCUCGUUCAAGCCUGCUGAGAGACCAGUUCAAAAGCGACCCGAGGAUAACCUAAGACCUGAAGGCGACUUUUACUCUCCUGAAAAGGAGAAGUUCCGUCCAGCGGAAAGGCCAACACAGAAGAAACCUGAGGAUAAUUUGCGUCCAGAGGGCGAAUUCUACACUCCUGAUAAGGCCAAAUUCCAACCAGCUGAAAGGCCAAAACAGAAGAAGCCUGAAGAUAAUUUGCAUCCCGAAGGAGAAUUUUAUGCUCCAGAUAAACCCUCGUUUAAGCCUGCUGAGAGACCAGUUCAAAAGCGACCCGAGGAUAACCUUAGACCUGAAGGCGACUUUUACUCUCCUGAAAAGGAGAAGUUCCGUCCAGCGGAAAGGCCAACACAGAAGAAACCUGAGGAUAAUUUGCGUCCAGAGGGCGAAUUCUACACUCCUGAUAAGGCUAAGUUUCAACCAGCAGAGAGGCCAAAGCAAAAGAGGCCCGAAGACAACUUGUAUCCCGAAGGAGAUUUUACAGUUCAUUCAAAAGAACCAUUCCGACCUGCUGAAAAGACUGUUAGAAUUAUUCGCGAAGAUAAUUUGAAAACCGAAGGUGAAAUGACAUUUGAAGAAAAACAUAUUUACCAGUUUGUUACACGACCAGACCAAGUGAGACCGCUUGACAAUCUGAAACCUGAAGGCGAGUUUUAUUCUCCAGAAAAAGAGCACUUCCGGCCUGCUGAGCGACCAACGCAAAAGAAACCUGAAGAUAACUUACGUCCAGAGGGUGAUUUCUACACUCCUGAUAAGGCCAAAUUCCAACCAGCUGAAAGGCCAAAACAGAAGAAGCCUGAAGAUAAUUUGCAUCCCGAAGGAGAAUUUUAUACACCAGAUAAACCCUCGUUCAAGCCUGCUGAGAGACCAGUUCAAAAGCGACCCGAGGAUAACCUUAGACCUGAAGGCGAAUUUUACUCUCCUGAAAAGGAGAAGUUCCGUCCAGCGGAAAGGCCAACACAGAAGAAACCUGAGGAUAAUUUGCGUCCAGAGGGCGAAUUUUACACUCCUGAUAAGCCUAAGUUUCAACCAGCAGAGAGGCCAAAGCAAAAGAGGCCCGAAGAUAACUUGUAUCCCGAAGGAGAUUUUACAGUUCAAUUAAAAGAACCAUUCCGACCUGCUGAAAAGACUGUUAGAAUUAUUCGCGAAGAUAAUUUGAAAACCGAAGGUGAAAUGACAUUUGAAGAAAAACAUAUAUACCAGUUUGUUACACGACCAGACCAAGUGAGACCCCUUGACAAUCUGAAACCUGAAGGCGAGUUUUAUUCUCCAGAAAAAGAGCACUUCCGGCCUGCUGAGCGACCAACGCAAAAGAAACCUGAAGAUAACUUACGUCCAGAGGGUGAUUUCUACACUCCUGAUAAGGCCAAAUUCCAACCAGCUGAAAGGCCAAAGCAAAAGAAGCCUGAAGAUAACUUGCAUCCCGAAGGAGAAUUCUAUGCUCCAGAUAAACCCUCGUUCAAGCCUGCUGAGAGACCAGUUCAAAAGCGACCCGAGGAUAACCUAAGACCUGAAGGCGACUUUUACUCUCCUGAAAAGGAGAAGUUCCGUCCAGCGGAAAGGCCAACACAGAAGAAACCUGAGGAUAAUUUGCGUCCAGAGGGCGAAUUCUACACUCCUGAUAAGGCCAAAUUCCAACCAUCUGAAAGGCCAAAACAGAAGAAGCCUGAAGAUAAUUUGCAUCCCGAAGGAGAAUUUUAUGCUCCAGAUAAACCCUCGUUCAAGCCUGCUGAGAGACCAGUUCAAAAGCGACCCGAGGAUAACCUUAGACCUGAAGGCGACUUUUACUCUCCUGAAAAGGAGAAGUUCCGUCCAGCGGAAAGGCCAACACAGAAGAAACCUGAAGAUAAUUUGCGUCCAGAAGGAGAAUUCUACACUCCUGAUAAGGCCAAAUUCCAACCAGCUGAAAGGCCAAAGCAAAAGAAGCCUGAAGAUAACUUGCAUUCCGAAGGAGAAUUCUAUGCUCCAGAUAAGCCCUCCUUCAAGCCUGCUGAGAGACCAGUUCAAAAGCGACCCGAGGAUAACCUUAGACCUGAAGGCGACUUUUACUCUACUGAAAAGGAGAAGUUCCGUCCAGCGGAAAGGCCAACACAGAAGAAACCUGAGGAUAAUUUGCGUCCAGAGGGCGAUUUCUACACACCUGACAAAGCUAAGUUUCAACCAGCAGAAAGGCCAAAGCAAAAGAAGCCCAAAGACAACUUGCAUCCUGAAGGAGAAUUUACAGUUCCAUCAAAAGAAACAUUCCGACCUGCUGAAAAGACUGUUAGAAUUAUUCACGAAGAUAAUCUGAGAACAGAGGGUAAAAUGACGUUUGAGGAAAAGCAUGAAUAUCAGUUCGUCACACGACCAGACCAAGUGAGACCCCUUGACAAUCUGAAAUCUGAAGGCGAGUUUUAUUCUCCAGAGAAAGAGCACUUCCGGCCAGCUGAGAGACCAACGCAAAAGAAACCUGAGGAUAAUUUGCGUCCUGAGGGUGAUUUCUACACUCCUGAUAAGGCCAAAUUCCAACCAUCUGAAAGGCCAAAACAGAAGAAGCCUGAAGAUAAUUUGCAUCCCGAAGGAGAAUUUUAUGCUCCAGAUAAACCCUCGUUCAAGCCUGCUGAGAGACCAGUUCAAAAGCGACCCGAGGAUAACCUAAGACCUGAAGGCGAAUUUUACUCUCCUGAAAAGGAAAAGUUCCGUCCAGCGGAAAGGCCCACACAGAAGAAACCUGAAGAUAAUUUGCGUCCAGAGGGCGAUUUCUUCACUCCCGAUAAGGACAAAUUCCAACCAGCAGAAAGGCCAAAGCAAAAGAAGCCCCAAGACAACCUGCAUCCUGAAGGAGAAUUUACAGUUCCAUCAAAAGAAACAGAAAAGGAGAAGUACAGACCUGCUGAGAGACCUACUCAAAAAAUACCUCAGGAUAAUUUGCGUCCUGAGGGUGAGUUCUACACUCCCGAUAAGGCUAAAUUCCAGCCAGCGGAGAGGCCAAAGCAAAAGAAACCAGAAGAUAACUUACAUCCCGAAGGAGAACUUACAGUGCCGUCUAAGGAAUCUUUCCGACCAGCUGAAAAAUCAUUCCAAGUUAUACAUCAGGAUAAUCUUAAAACAGAAGGUGAAAUGACAUUUGAAGCAAAACGCGAAUAUCAUUCUGUCCGAAGACCGACUCCAAUUCGGCCGACAGAUAACUUGAAACCUGAAGGUGAAUUUUAUUCUUCUCAAGAUUCAAAGAAACAGCAUGUUGUUAAAGACGAAGUUGAUUCAAUAGAUUUGAAAAAGCAAGUUUUGAACAAAAAUAAAAACACUAUUUCCGUAACGCCUUUCAAACCAAAGGACAAUCUUAAAAUUGAAGGAGAAAUGAAUAUUUAUAAAAGAGAUCAAGUUCAACGCAAUUCAAAAUUCGAAAAGGUUGAAAAAACGACUCAUGAAGUCAGUUCACAGCUUGAUGGAUCAAAAACAGUUAUAUGCAAAGAAGAAUACAAGUAUGUAAGAAGGCCAGAACAAAUUAAACCUGUAGAUAAUCUACGUUUAGAAGGGGAGAUGUAUACUAAGGAAAAACAGAACUUCCAACCUGCUGAAAAACAAUUCCCUCAAAAACCGACUGAUAAUUUGAAGUUGGAAGGUAAUCUUACAAUGUCAAAAAGUUCUUCAAAAACCAAUAAUACCAGCAAAGAAUUAAACAGCUCGACAUUUUCCAGAACAAUUGCUACUAAGCCCAAAGACAAUCUUAGAUCUGAGGGUCACCUUGAAUUUCCUAGUAAGGUUACAACAAGCUCAAAAACAAAAUCCGAUUCUUCUUCUUCUUUAUAUAACCGGACAAUUGUUACAAAAUCAAAGCAUUCGCAUAAUAAAUCUUCGAUAUCCCUAGGCACAGAUGAAUCUAUUUUGAAAACAACAAACCAAAUCAGCUUCGUCAAUGCUAAAACAGCAGUUAAUGCCAACGAUAUGAACACUGAUAAACCUACUGAUGGGCUCGUAGUCGUUUCCACGAAAAAGGUUACUACUGUUGUUAGCAAUAAAAAUCGCAAGGAACCUGAAACGCAAUACAUUAAAAGGCAUGAUAAGGUCAAUAUAAUCGAAAAAACUUCAAAAGCUAAACAAGAAACUAAUAUUCUUAACUCUUCCAAUACAAAAGAAGCUUCUGAAACUCUUACUAUAAAUAAAAUUAGCCAGCCAAUACAGUCGUCUUCAAGCAUUUCUAACUUACAAAAAACUGAAAACGGAAAAUUAGCAGUGUCCUCCUCUUCGACCUGUAUAUCAUCAAAUCAAUCUAUGAAUUCCUUUUCAAAGUCUUCGUCGAGUUCUUCCACGCUUAAUCAAACUUCAAGGUCUUAUGGGACAACGCAAAACAUUCAGAGUGGAAGCCAAUCAGUAGACGCCAAACACUUUCACCAUAGGAAAACCGCAUUUACGUCAGAAGAAAAUGUCGCAAAUUCUAUAUUGCACCGAAAAGGCACUUCUAACGAAAGCAAUCAAUUUGGUGGUCUUAGUUCCAGUGGAAAAAUUCAAAGGCGGAGUAUUAACAAUUUACAUGAGCAGUCUUCAGUAUUCAGUAGUGUAGGCGGUGAAAGGCAAAGUUAUAGCACAAUUCACAGGCAAAAUAAAGAGCAUGAUUCCAAGUCAAUUUCAUCUCACAGCCAUCAAAAGCUUACAGAGUAUAAUGGUAUCGCAUUUCCCUCAUACACUCAAGACCGAGUCGUCACUCGAAAAACUGGUAAUCAAUCAACAUUUUCUUUGGGAAGUGAAAAAUCAGUCUCCACUAGCCAGUAUAAGUCAGAGUUUUCGACAAUGCCAAAAGUAACUUGUGCUGUACAUGAUAUAAAAAAAGGUGCUUUCCAUCAUACUAGAGACACAAAAGAUCACAAGUUCUUCAAAACUACAAUGAACUGAUAUUAUAUUGGAGCUACUAUAUACUGAUACUCACAUAUCGCACCUAAUCGUUAUAGGUAUUAUUCUUAUUAUUGUACUAACCAUUUUCACAUUGAAAUAAAACGCAUUUUUCAAAAAAA